AUGUCGAACGGGCUCAUCCAAUCCAGCGGAAAUAAUCAGGAGCUGGAAGAGAUUGGAUGGCAAUACUUGGAGGAGCUGUUGUCGAGAUCCUUCUUCGAUGCUGUCCAGGAAUACUAUCCAUUCUUGAUCUUCGGAAUGCACGACCUCAUUCACGAACUUGCCAUUUCGGUGGCACAAAUGGAAUCGUCAAACAUGAAAGUGUUCGCGCAGGAUAUUUGCCCGAUGACUUGGCAUAUAUCAUUUCCCAACCCAUCUCGUGUACCAAAAGAUGCACUAUGCAGCUGCUUGGGCAAACUCAGCCGCAUUCGUACCGUCAUGUUUGAGGAGGGUUCCUCUAGGGAGUUCUUUCUGGAGAUGUGCAUUUCUCGAUUCAAGCACUUGCGAGUGAUAGAUCUAUAUGGCUCUAGCUUUGACAUACUGCCUAGUUCCAUUGGCGGUCUAAAUCAUUUGAGGUUUCUUCAUCUAUCCGACAACCGUAAUAUCAAGAAACUCCCCAAAUCGGUCUGCAAGCUUCGCAAUCUGCAGUGCUUAGGUCUUGGCGGGUGCAGGGGACUCGAGGAAUUGCCUGCAGACAUCAAGAAUAUGAUCAGCCUCCGCGUUUUGUUCAUAACCACCAGACACAUUGGAGGGUGUGAGAAUUUGGAGGCCUUGUUCGAUGAUAUCCAAUCGCUCACGUCGCUCCAUAAGUUGCUCAUUGGAGGUUGUCCAAAGUUGGCCUCCUUACCACAAGGCAUCAAGAAUAUGAAGGCAUUGGAGGAUCUCUGGAUUAGCGGCGGCUGCCGAAACUUGAGGUUGCUAGAAGGCGAAAGUAAUGAACCACGCUUCGUGUUGAGGCUUCAAUCCUUCAUAUUCGGGGGAUCAUCAGAAAUUGUUUCUUUGGCCGGGUGGCUCGAAGGUUCUGCAAGUACACUGCAGAGGAUAAUGACUGGGGAUUGUCGCAACUUGAGGGUAUUGCCCGAGUGGCUGCAAAAUUGUUCUUCUCUGAGAACAUUGGGGAUUGAAGACUGUCCUAGAUUGUCCUCUUUACCAGAUGGCAUUCGCUGCAUUGCCACAUUGACAUAUCUGCAAAUAAUCAAUUGCGAGGAAAUUGAGGAGGAGAUCCGAUGUUGA